ACCUGUAUUCCAUUUAGGUCAUACAAGUCAUUGUAACAUGCAACAUGUUGUUUCUUCAGACGUCAUUAUAACAUUUUGACCACCAGAGGUCGCUGUUGUAGUGGUAGAUACUUAAUAAACCAGCAGUCGGAAAUAAUGCUGACUGCCGAUUGCCGACUUGAAAAUUACAGACUUGAAUACUCAAUAGAGAAACGAUCGGCCUGUAAGAGUUGUGAUAUUGUUUUCAUUCCUGGUGAAAGUGCUGAGAGAUGGGAAAAUGCUUCCUGCCAAGGUCAUAUCCUCUUCUCUCUCUUGGUUCUUGAGGCCCAAGAAGUCAAAGUAUUGCCUGAAGUGACGGGAUACCUCGGGCGUGAUGUCACCCUGCCGUGCCAAUUCAUCCCAGCACCACAAGGCGCCAAUAUUACUCAGGUUCAGUGGGAUCUCAUAUCACCAGAAGGAAAGGAAAUCCUAAUUUUUGUUUUUAAUGUUAAAGAUGGACUUCAUGUUAAUGAAUCGUUUAAGGACAGAGUGGAUAUUGUAGAACAAUCUCUGAUCAUUAGAGGUGUGGAAAUGAGAGAUGCAGGGCCGUACACCUGCAGCAUUGCAUCCUUUCCCAGCGGUUCAUUCAGAGGAACCACCAACCUUGUUAUUCAGGAACAGAUGCAGUUAUCUUCAGCUGUAGUUUCUGCUAUAGUGAUUGCUGUCCUGUUGCCGUUAGUGGUCAUGGCAGCCAUAGUUUACCUCAUCUUUAUCAGAAGACAUGAUCAUACGGUCAGGCACCGCAUCUACAUUGAUACAUGUGGACCAGUGAUGGAUGUGGCCAGGACAUCUGUGAUUUUAAGAGACGAGGAUGUGGUCUACUCUGACGUCGAGCUUAAACCAUUCAGAGAUGCUACACCUCCAUCCAAUGAGAAACACACAGUGGAUGAUGAUGUCACAUACUCCGAAGUCAUAGUUGGUCGUAGUCACCAAAUGAGAUGAAAUGUACUGUUUUUUUUGAAAAGUGAAGUUCUUUUUCUUCUACUAAUUGCACUCUUGUUGUGUAUGCAAGUUACAUUUACCAUAAUUUUGGUACUAUUUAUAUCAGCACAUCCUGACAGCGGUCAAUACAACCUAACCUUAGUGGCUGCUCCACGCCUUCUAGUCAUGCUCUCAUAUAUGUUUUUUCCAUAUGGUUUUUUCCAUUCCAGUGUUUCCACAGCAACCUCACAACAGGUGAUGCAGUAUAAAAGCAAAUGUAACAUGUGUAUCAUAACGUUAGCAAUGCUUUAAUUAGUGGUGGUAUUCUUAAAGAUAAAUAAUAGAUAUUUUGCUGAUUUAUAUCCAGCUCUGUGUCAUGGCAGUGUGAGCAGUUGAAUGGCGUGUGGCUUCCCUCUGUGGCCGCAGCGCACGGAACUCCCAGCUGAGCAGAGCAGCAGCGGUAUGCCGAAAUCCCCUAGUGGUCCGCUGAGAUCCACAGUGCAAUGGUACCAUGAAGGGAAGCCAAGCACCAUUCAUCUAAACACACUGCCCACACAAAGAUGACACAGAGCUGUUAUCAAAUCGGCAAAGUAUCCCAGCGUCUCUGUGGGGUUGUUCUUGAGCUAAAUGCUCAAACCAGCAUGCCAUGCAAACAUGCUCACAAUGACAAUGCUAGUAUGUGGAGGUUUAGCAGGUAUAAUGUUUACCACCACCAACGUUUGGUGCCACUUGGUUUUAAAUAUUGAAGAGAGGAAUGGUACAAACCAGCACAGCUCCAACAUGUCGUCAAGGUUAACCACUUAUUUUACCUUGCCAUAUUGUACAAUGGCAGUGUGCCAACAUGGCUUGAGUCGUCACGGUGGAUCUCAUCACACAAAGUUCCUAUUCCUCCUUUGCUGACCAUCAAAGGAGGAAGACAAAAAAGGAAGACAAAAAUGAUAACAAAAAAAAGGAACCAACUCCACAUUCCAAUUUUUUUAGGUUCAACUAAAUUGGACGUCAGGAUGUUUGGAGACUAUGAUGUGUAGCUCUUGCUUAAACAAUGUGAGCCUUUGUUAGGGAUAAAAGGUUCAAUUUCUUACUUGAACUUUCCUGAUCCAAAAAAAUACAGACACUGGUAAUAGUUGUUGUAGUACUUUAUCCUAUAGUAUUCUGUCUGCUUUGGGUAUGAAUGUCAGAAUUGAUCACAGGUGUUGCAGUCUGAGCAUGCCUUAUGUAAGAAGGUGACAAAAUGUGGUUUGCAAAGUUAUUGCAAUGAUGCACACACCAUCACUGAACUUUACCAACAGUCAUUAUCUGUUAGCUGCAGGUUUUCAGAAGCAUUUCCUGACAGUUUCAAUUUGUGGGUGUGAGAUUGUUUGCUUUUAUCAUAGAUAUAAAACAACGGCUUUUUAUACACUCAAUGUGUCAUCGGAACAUAACUUAUAUUCUGUUGUGUAAAAAUAUUAGCUUUAAUUUUACAAUUUGUUUUUUUCUCCAUUUAGUUUAUAUUGAAAAUCAGUGCUUGUAACUUUGAUUACAAUCAAUGAAAUGCAUUUGAGAUAUUUCAGUCAUGUUACUUGUUUAUCAAAUAAUGCAGAUAAACUGGGGACAGAAGCAGCAGAGCAUGGUUCUCUAAAUUGUCUCUACAUUUGCAUAUCUUAUUGUUAUAAAGUUUUACGUUUUACCAGAUCCGUGGUUCCUCUUGUUCAUGUAUUUCAGAGUUCGGUCAUGGCAGGAAAUAGAUCAAAAAGAUAAGGGAGUGUGUUAUAAAAGUAUUUCCAUUGCACUCAUCAAAUUAGUCAGACAACGCAGAUUCAUGUCACAGUAGUACUAUUGAGAAGGAGCCACACAUUCAUGAGCUAUGUUGUUAAGAAAUUACACUGAGGAUAAACAAUAAGCAAGAAUGGACUUUGUGGAAGG